AUGAUCAAGAUUAUUGAAGUCACAUGCCCUUACGGCACGGACAACAAUGUUGGCAACUCUCUUGACGCGGCAUACGACAAAAAGGUUAACAAGUAUAAGAGCCUUGCUGAACAAACAGAGAGAUUAUUUAACUGGACCACGACGCUCUCAAUUAUCGUAGUCUCAUCACUAGGAGUCAUCCCUCUCCGUACAAAACUCGACGCAUUGAGAAUCUCACCUGCAGAUCACAUACAGCUACUCAAGAGACUUUCGAUGCACGCGAUAGCUGCGAGUGCUUGCAUUGUUUUUGAAAAAGUGCCAGAAUUCUUCGGUAUGCGCUGCCGUCCCCUCCCAGGACGAGUCACAGCUCCCAAUGCAGCGAUCCCACCAAACAACAAUGAAAACAAUAACGACACAGAUCAUGGUCAGGAGAACCAACAGGCAACCUCUGAAGAGCAACCAACCAACAAUGGAAAUGCUCAAGAAGACAAUGGCCAAGGCGAACAAAUAAAUAAUUCAACCGAACAAACUAUCUCUGUUGAUCAAAUCAUCGAAGAAGAUGCUGAGAACAACGCGAUAGAACAAGCCUUAGACCAACCCGAUGAGGACGAAUUCCUUAACUAA